GGGACGGUGAGCUGUGAGCUCCAAAAGAGCUUUUUUUUUUUUUGUGUUCCUCGCGUGCCCGACGCCGCUCUCGCUGGCGGCGGUGGCUCUGCUCCUCCACGUGACGACGGCUGAGGUGCUCGCUCGCUGCUGCCUUGAUCGAGGGAAUGCGGAACAAUGUGUCGGGGCGGGCGCGCUGACCUCGCCGGCGACCGCAGCCUCCGCGGCGGCCGCAACUGCCACCGCAAGCACGUCGAGGACGGGUAGCGCAGUUUCAGGAGGUGCGGUGUGCGGCAACGGCAAUGGAGGAUGCGGCGGCGGAGGGGAAGGGGGUGGUGUUGUUGCAGGGGAGGUACGAGCUGGGGCGCGUGCUCGGGCACGGCAACUUCGGGCGGGUGCACGCGGCGCGGGACGUGCGCACGGGGCGGGCCGUGGCGAUGAAGGUGGUGUCGAAGGACAAGGUGGAGCGCGCCGGGAUGGCAGAGCAGAUCAAGCGGGAGAUCGCCGUGAUGAAGAUGGUGUCGCACCCAAACAUCGUGGAGCUCCACGAGGUGAUGGCCACGCGCUCCAAGGUGUACCUGGCGCUCGAGCUCGUCCGGGGCGGCGAGCUGUUCGACCGGAUCACCCGCCAUGGCCGCGUCGGGGAGGACGUCGCGAGGAGGUACUUCCGACAGCUCGUCUUCGCCGUCGACUUCUGCCAUGGCCGCGGGGUGUACCACCGCGACCUUAAGCCCGAGAACCUGCUGCUCGACGAGGCCGGGAACCUCAAGGUCGCCGACUUUGGGCUCAGCGCGCUCGCCUGCCACGCGCGCCCUGAUGGGCUACUCCACACCGCGUGCGGCACGCCGGCGUACGUCGCCCCCGAGGUGCUCGCCGGCAGCGGUUACGACGGCGCCAAGGCUGACCUCUGGUCCUGCGGCGUCAUCCUCUACGUGCUGCUCGCCGGCGCCCUGCCGUUCCAGCACGAGAACCUCAUGUGCAUGUACCGCAAGAUGCAGCGGGGUGACUUCUGCUGCCCGGUGUGGAUGACGACGGACGCCCAGAAGCUCAUCAAGAUGCUGCUCGACCCCAACCCCGGCACCCGCAUCACAGUCCCCGGCCUCGUCGAGACGCCGUGGUUCCGGAAGACACCGCCCGUUCCACGCCCCAUCACCGGCCCCGCACCGGCGCCGGUGGACACGCUCGGCAAUGCUGGCGACGACAAGGACGAACCGCCCGAGGUGUUGAACGCCUUCCACCUGAUCUCGCUGUCCGAGGGCUUCGACCUGUCGCCGCUGUUCGAGCAGGACCCCGCCGCGUCGCCGGGGCGAGCCACGACGCGCGCGGGCGGCAUGCGGUUCGCGACGCGGGAGCCGGCGAGCGGGGUGGUCGCGCGGCUGGAGGCGCUGGCGACCGGCGGCGCCAUGCGCGUGACGAAGAGCGGCGCGCGCGGGGUGCGCCUCGAGUGCGCAGAGCCCGGGCGCAACGGGCGGCUCGCCGUGGCGGCCGACAUCUUCAGCGUGGCGCCAUCGUUGAUCGUGGUCGACGUCAAGAAGGAUAGCGGCGACACGAUGGAGUACCGGUCAUUCUGCAGCGAGGAGCUCCAGCCGGCGCUGAAGGACAUCGUCUGGUCGCCGGCCGCCACCUGAGCACACCACACCACACGGCGUCGCCGUCGUCACUGCCGCCAUUAUUGCUCGUCGGCAAGCGUGAUCAGUUGCCAACCCUAGGGAUGCAUUAUUGUUUGGUGUCUGUAUCCGCGCGGGAAAGGCACAAGAAUUUGGCGCGAACAAUGUGCGUCGCGUUCUGCCCAUGCCGAUGUGAUGGUUUCUGAACAGGCGUGUGAAUGUUUUUGAAGUUGAUCUGUCAUUGUGCUGAUUUCAUCUCUGUUGAGUAUUGAACCAAGCAAUUUCUGCUUGACGGUGAAAUAAACUUGAAAAUAU